AUGGCUGCGAGGCUGCCUUUGAACCCGAGGGCAAUGGCCCUCUUGACCGGCUUGAGUGUCACCACGCUCGCCGGCUAUACCACGACCUCCACUGUCUACGCCGAAGAACCCUCACAAUCUACCAAGAAAUCGAUAUACGAUGACCCCCUUCCAUCGCAACCUCCCAGUUCAACCCCAUCCCUCUCCCUCACAAGCCCCUCGGAAACUUCAGAUAAGGAAUCACGCCCCACCCCGACAGUCCGAUUAGCAUCCCAAAUCGGCACUGCCCGUCUCUUCGUCCAUUCCGAAUUCUCAAAAGCCCAACGUUUCCUUGAUACCUACUUCGACAAAUAUCUUCACGUCGAGCAUAAUGUCACCACUACAGUUGCUUCUCUUGCUCCGUCCCACCGUUCAAAGGAAACCGUCCUUCCCGGUGCGAUAUUCAUUGCUAUAUCAACAAUGGCCGGUAGCGUACUAGCCAGACGGAGGAUGCUCCCGAUCAGAUUCUUGACACCAGUGGUAACCGGUGUAGCUGCAUCAUGGUAUUUCCUACCGGAGACGACAAGGAACGUGGCCGACCUAGCAUGGAAAUGGGAGCAAAAGGUGCCACAGGUUGCAGAGACACAUUUGAAGGUUAGGGACGGAGUUGAAGAAGGUUGGAAAACUGCCAAGGGAGGUUAUGAUCAUGCUAUCGGGACUGUAGAAGAUACAACGAGCAAGGCUAGAAGGACGAUUGAAGGAUGGGUUAGGAAUAGCAAAUAG